GCGCGCGCGCCUGGCUUGCCAAGCGCAGCUUUCUGCUUUUGCUCCUCUCAGAGGUGUUCAUCUCCUUGGGCAGCUAUUCAGCGCAGGACAUAGCUCAGUGGUGGGAGCUGAACGGACGGGCACCAGAGGAGAUCCAGAUGUUUGCCUUUGCA